UUUUUGAAAUUUUUGGGUGAAUUUUUUGCAAAAAAAUUUCCAACAAGCCGUAAUGGCAAAACCUUAUGUAAGGGGUUAAGACAAAUGGUCGGAGGAUUUGCCAUUUUCUUUUGGGGUUUGACAUUACGGCGUCAUUUCACAGGUUUGCCAUUUCGUCGGCUUUUGGUGGGUUGCCAUUACGGUUUUUGCUAUAACGGCACGCUACGAGAUUUUCAAAAGAAUGACCUGAGGGUUUUUAUCGGUUUUGUGUUUACGCCAAAUGCGUAAACACAAAACCCGAUAAAAACGUCGAAAUGCCAAACUUUGGAAAAAGUGCCGAAAAUAAGGGGCGCUUCAUACCCCUUCCACAUAUGUCUAAAAUUACAUAUUUUCAGGAUGAAUUGGCUCCAAUAGACGACUUGUCGAAUUCUGUUCAAUCAUUUUACCAGACAAUGAGAGAUGAAAUAAAUAAAAUAAAAUCGCUACCUCAAGACUUUAAUUUUGCAAAAUUUAUGACUGAAAUUGAAACUUUUGUUUGUGUAACUGGUUAUCAUAUACUUUUUGGUUCGAGAACCGAGGAGGAAACAGAAGAUUUAAGUUUACAAACUCGAAUACGUUCAUUAAAUUGGGUUACAAAUGGAUUUUUGGAAACUGCUUUGGAUGAGUCUUCUGCACAGGUUCAGGAAUAUAUGGAUGAGGCAAUAACUGAAAUUGUGGAUUUGAACAGUCAACGAUCUGUUGUUAAAAAAAUGGAAUGCCUCGUUCGAUGUUCAAAAAACAUUUUCAAUGCCCUCAAAGAAAGCCGUUUUGGCGCUCCAGCAAGUGCAGACGAAUUUUUGCCAGUUUUAAUUUUAAUUGUGUUGAAAGCAAAUCCUCCAUUAAUUCAAUCAAAUUUAAAAUUUAUUUGUCGAUUUGGUUUACCUUCUAGACAUAUGCGUGGAGAAUAUGGUUAUUAUUUUACAAAUUUGAGCAGUGCAAUAUAUUUCAUUCAAGACAUGAGAGCAUCAAGUUUACAAUUAACAGAUGAAGAAUUUGAAGAUUAUACGAGUGGAAAACGUAUUCCAACAUCAUUUAAAAAUUCAAUAAGCACCUACGUAAUGAGAUCAAUUGGCAACUCAAUAAAAAGAAUUGAUGGAUUGUUGAGUAAACAAGCAGAAUUAGUUGGAAAAGUGGAACAAUUGGAAGCAGGCAUUGAAAGGUUAAUUAAUUUUGGUGUAAAAUAG